UCCCUGGCUGAGCCGAUGCACUGAGCUGCCCAAGGCAACUGGAGUCCGUGAACCGCGGGUGGUGUGUCCUUUGGCUGGUGGUGCUUUGCCCCUGCAGGUGGGAGCCGGCACGAUGGCUACGGGCAGCAGCUGGGCGUGGAAGCCCAUCGCACGGGACGCCCUGCUUGCACGCGGCUACCACUCAUGUGAUGUGGUGCGAGGGAAGCUGCUGCUCUUCGGGGGGCUGAAGUCGGGUGAAGUCAAGGAGCCCCCACUGGGGGACGUGGUGGCCUUCGACCCCACCCUGCUGACGGCUGAGACAGUGGCCCCCGACAGCGGGUACCAGCGCAGCCACCAUGACACAGCAGUGCUGGCCAACCGCUGGCUGUGCGUGGUGGGGGGCUGGGACAGCGCCCACAGGGUCUCGGCUGUGUGCUGCUGGGACACCGAGCAGGGACAGUGGGAGCGCUGGGCCGAGGGGCCCUCCAACGACCCCCCCGUGGGGCUCAGCAGCCACACCUGCACCAAGGUGUCGGAGCAUGAGCUGCGGGUGGUGGGCAGGGAGGGUGGGCAUCGCACCCAGCGGCGCUUCGCCAGCAUCUACACCCUGCACCUCAACCCUGCCACCAAGACCUACUGGUACAAGGAGGAGGAAUCACGGACAGCCUCUCGGGCCGGACACUCGGCCAUGCUGCUCCGCAAUGGAGGUGGCUACCAGCUGGUGGUGUUCGGGGGCCGUGACUCCUCCGACUGCGAGGUGGCCGGGCGCUGGGGCAAGGGGAAAAUCCACGUAGAGUCAAUCCAUGCCCCCAAGCUAACAGAGCAGCUCACCCGUCUGGUUGGCUCCGAGAAUGGCUCACGGCAGGCUCCGAAAGGCCUGAGGCACCAAUCCUGCACGGUGGUGGGUCCCUUCGCAGUGGCUUUUGGUGGGGAGACCCUAACGAAGGGGCGAGACACCGUCUGUAACGAUCUCUAUGUCUACGAUACAAGAUGCUCGCCACCGAGCUGGUUCCGCUUCCCCUGCUCAGAUCGGGGCCAGAAGAGAGUCGGGCACCGCACAUGCCUUUGGAAUGACAAGCUCUAUCUUGUGGGGGGCUUUGGCCCAGAUGGGAAGACCCCCUGCCCUGAGAUCUGCGUCUUAGAGAUCCCCUAGUGAGGAAGAGGAGAGAGAGGAGGACAUCCCCCUCCUCUCCGGCGCCCUCCCCACUCAUUCCCUGGCAAUCGCGCGGCUCCUGCAAGCGACCCUGAGAGCCAGCUCUGUUUAUGUGUAAUAAAAGUGCCCCUUGUUGGCCCAGCUCCCCCUCUUCUCCACAGGGAGCUGCACGCUGGCACCAGGGAUUUAACUCAAACAAGAGAGAGAUUGGGGAGAAAAAGUUUCUUUGUUAAAGAGUCAGACCCCCCCACCCCCCGCGGGUCUCUAGGAACAUGCAGUCGGCUCUCUGCGGCCUCCUGCACAGCCAGGAGAGGCCAGGUGUGGUGGUGCUGACAUGUCUCAGGGGAAAAAGAAACCAAACAUGGCUGAAUGGGGCAGGUCUGCGUGGUCUGCCGAGAGCGAGGGAAGGGCAGGGAGCUGUUCUCUUCCCCCACGGAUCACCGUUAAAGCCUUCCACCCUCUCGAGAAUUCAUCAGUGGAAACGACUGGCUGGCCCGUCCCUUGUCCCGAGGCAGGGCCGGGAAGCAGCCUGGUGCUAGAACCAGGCCUGGAGAACAAAAGCUGUUCCCAGCCGUUCCCUAGUUUGCGUGUGAAAUGACUUGAGGGGGCGAACAGGGGGGUGCCUGCACCAUCAGCCGCCAGGAAGGAGGCUGUGCCCUCCAGCACACAGACUGGUUUCCCCAAAGUUCCAAGCCGCGCUGUCGGCGGAUCGCUUCGUACGGCCAGCCCGGCCCUCAGCUCGUGCCAGGAGAAGGGACCUUGGCUUCCGUACAACUCUCCCGGCAUCGCGGCCAGAAACUUUCCCAUAUUCGUAUGCUAAGUGAGCGCUUGUAAAUGAAAGAGGCCCCUGCUGGGACAAGACCCCAGCCAAAGGACUUGGCGUUAAUCACCUCCUAAAAAUAAUGUGGGACCGUGCUUGCUUCCCCAUUCAGAGCAUGAUAUGAUGGGGCAUCACACCCUCUCAGACUCUUCUGCCAGCCACAUGGUCCUGCAGAUGUACCCCAGCCUACAGUGGAGCCGUAUGUGCCCACCGCUUCCCUUGGGCCAAGGGCGGCUUGCAUCCUCUGGAUGCUGUAGAGCAGCAAAGAGAACCACCCUUGCUGGGGAGGGGAUGGGGAAGAGGGUGGGGAAGGCCUGCUCCAACAUGUGCAUGCCCACGCCCAGCUGUGCUAACCCCUCUGUAUGUUCCAGCCCUUUCCACCAGGCUUGUCUUGUUAGGCUGUAAACUCUUUGAUAUGAGGACUGGUCCCCCAGUGUGUUGUGUGUGCAGCAUCCAGCACAGGGGCCCUGAUCUGAGUUGGGGUCCCCUUAGCACUACUGGACUACAUGCACUAACUGUUUCAGACUCUCUGCAAACUCAGGCGGGCAUCUCUGUAGCCGAGGUGGGUUUUCUUUGCACUCAUAACACCUAGAGAUUGAGUUAUUAAAAAUGUCUUCUGCUGAGACGGUGGAGAACAAGGUCUGUGCAUGUCCCAGCCCCUCCCUCGGGUUCUGGAAUCAAGCCCCAAAACACUGGGCUGAAUGGCCAAAGUUAUCUCCCAGCCAUCACUGGGGGUCACAGCUCCAAAGUCCUGGCCUGGAAUCCAGAGGGAUUAGCGCAGAUUGGGUCCAGGUUGCUUCUACCCAGCAGGUCACAGAGAGUUUGUCUCCGAUUCCUGGCUUAGCUCCAGCCAUCCAUUCCUCACGGCCGGUGCAGGAGUGUUUUAUUUCAGGCUCAGGGUUGCAGUUUCAGCAGGGAGCAGGGAUGGACAGUGAACCUCAACCACCACGCGUAAGCUGGGUUUUGUGCUGGAACAGCCAAGCUCUCUGACAGCCAGCACCUGAAUGGGCUCGGAGGGUAGGAACAGAAGGAUGGAUCCUUUGCUGAUUUAAAGGGUGCAGCACCAUGCAUCCAUCAGCUAAGGGGCAGGACUAGAAUUUGUUUCACCAAAAACUGUACCACAACUAACUUUGUUCUGAGGCGUGGCUGGAUGGGCUGUAGAGCAGUGGCUUUCAAGCUUUUUUUUUCUGGCCACCAAGUUAAAGAAAAUUGUUGAUGCCC